GUGUGAGCCUCCGCGGACACCGUAGUCAGAUGAUCUGAGCAGGAACCGUUGCCGGGUGCGGCCAUGGCCCCGGACCCCUGGUUGUCGAUGUAUGAUUCCACUUACCUUAUCGCCCAAGAACUUGCUGAAAAAAUUCAAGAACGCAACAGAUGUCAGAGGAAUGGUGAAAGUACAACUAAGCUCAGUGUCUCCAUUAGGUCACUACUGCAGAAUCUCAAAGAAAAGACCGAUCGUCUGAAGGACCUGUUGUUUCGCUCCGUGUCAACACGUCAGAUAACACAACACGAAGGAGAUAGACGGCAGAAUUUAUUGGAUGAUCUUCUCACACGACACGGACGACUUCAGGCAUCUUUCAGAAAUGAAAACACAGAACCAGAUGUGAUAAGGUCCAGCCUAAUGACAGGAGGGGUCAAGCAAGGUCCAGCAAACCCAUGGCUUGUGGAAGAGCCUGAGGAAACCAAGGGCCUUGGCUUCGCCGAUAUCCAGCAGCAGCAACAGAGAAUCAUAGAAGAGCAGGAUGCUGGUCUCGACGCUCUCUCUUCAAUCUUAUCCCGGCAAAAACAGAUGGGGCAGGAAAUUGGGAACGAACUGGAGGAACAGAAUGAAAUCAUUGACGAUCUCGCCAACUUGGUAGAAAAUACUGAUGACAAGCUGCGCACCCAAACCAGACGAGUGACGAUGGUCAGCAAAAAGUCAACUUCCUGUGGGAUGCUGGUGGUGAUCAUGUUGCUGCUGAUUGCGAUUGUCGUUGUCGCUGUGUGGCCUACCAAGUAGCCAGUGGAGAUAUCGCCUGGCAGCAGCGUAUUAGCAGCC